ACAGGUGCGAUCAUACCAAAAUCAGCGAAGCUUGUAAAGUGUGUACACGAUCCAUUGUUAUGAUUGUUCCUUGUGAAUCGUGAUCUCCCCGAACAGAUACGUGAUGUGGACUUUCUAGCAAAUACGAUGAAGAAAACUAAACCUGUUGGUGGAGCUAGUAGCUCUCGACCGGCAGCUAAAACGACCACCAACCAGACGCAAGCAGUGAACCCCAAUGGUCGAAAAGAACACGUAUGUACCACAUCAAAACCCCUACCUGGGGCAGGUGUCAAACAAAGGCCUCCAUUAAAAUCACGAAUAUCUUUCUCUCAAGCAAAUAAAUCGGCGAAACCUUUGGGUGCAGCGUCUUCUAUCAAAAGCAGUGCAAGUUCCAAAGUUGCUACAACUCCAGCGAGUGGCAACCUCGUGAAAACUGAAAAGAAGAACUCAAACUUGGAGGCAGACAAGCUGUAUGCUCAGAUAAAGCAGAAUCUCGAAGUUAAGAAAAAUGCCGCUAGGUUGCAGAGCAUGGGCUUUAAAGGAAAUUUCAAACAAUCGGAAUCCUCUAAUCAUUUUGUUCUGCUUGGUGACGUCACCAAGCCCCUCCCAAAGACAUCAAAAAUAGUUCGACUGUUUACGAGCAGUACUUUUACUGAUACUAUGUUGGAACGGAACAUGCUUCUGGAAAAGACGUUUCCUCAGAUAAAGCUGUUUUGUCAGGCCCGAGGGUACGAGUUCCAGGUGGUGGACAUGAGAUGGGGGGUCAGGGAUGAGUCCACAGACGACCACAUGGGAACAGAGCUGUGUCUGAAGGAACUGAUUCAGUGCCGCGACAUAUCGACUGGACCAAUCUUUGUGACAUUGUUAUCCCAUAAGUAUGGAUACUGUGCAUUACCAAGAGAAAUUCAGGCCACAGAAUUUGAAAAACUCCUCAAAAGUGUCAAAGAUAAAGAUAAACUGGCAUUGCUGAAGAAGUGGUUUAUUAAGGACGACAACUCAGUUCCAGCUAUGUACAUUUUGCAAUCCAUCAGUACCAUUUUUCCUGAAUUUCUGUCAUCCGAGGCCGAGAAAAGACUAGAAGCCAAAAAGAAAUGGUGGGAAGACAAUGACGCUAUGCAAGAAGCGCUUUAUUCUGCUGCAAAGAAAGCACUUGGAGACACGGAAGCUGAAAAAUAUGUCAUAUCCGUUACUGAAAAAGAGGUAAAACAAGGUUUACUUGACAUAAAAGAUGCAAACAAACACUGUUUGUGGUUUCAAAGAACCCUGCGAGGAAUCGAUAAAGCUGAACCCUCUAGGCUGGUUUCAAGAUAUACAGAAUGUCUAGGUUCAGAAGAGAAACUAAAAAAGGUGAAGAUUUUGAUGUCUGAUCUAAAGGAGAAGAAAAUUCCAAAAGUACUUCCGGCUGAAAACAUCUGUACCUACGCGAUUGAUUGGACAGGAAAGGGUAUUGAUCCUGAGAAUAGUCAACACAAAGAAUACUUGGAGAAAAUGACUACUGAUUUCAAGACGCAAGUGUGUCGGCUAAUCGAGAAAGGAAUCCAAGAAAGAGAAGAAGAGAGUGUUUCAACUAAUAACGUUUUGUUUGAGGAAUGCCUUCAACAUCUCAGAUUUGCUCAUGAAAAAUCCAAAAAUUUCCAUGGUCGUGAAGCAGUUCUGAAGAAAACAGAGGCAUACCUGAGCAAAGGCAACAAUUUACCGCUAAUCAUCCAUGGAGUGUCUGGCUCAGGGAAGACCUCCAUUAUGGCUAAAACAGCCAUGAUGACAGCAUCUAAAACCUCCAACGCUGUGGUGAUUAUAAGGUUUCUUGGUACCACUCCUAGAAGUUCAGAUAUUAUUUCUCUGUUGAGAAGUAUUUGCAAUCAAAUCAAAACCGUCUAUGGAGAUACAUCAGUGACAUCGGAGGAUCCAAAAGAACUUGUGGAAGAGUUCCAACGAUGUCUGCAAGAGUUGCCAAAACCUGACAAAGAACUAGUCCUGUUGCUGGACUCUAUGGACCAGCUAGAUCCUUCUCACCAAGGUCGACAGCUUGGCUGGAUGCCAGCUAGUUUAUCAGAGCAUGUAAAAUUCAUUGUAUCAACCCUUGAGGAGGAAAAAUACGAAUGUUUUCCUGCCCUUAAGUUUUUAUACCCAGACCAAAGCAAUUACAUUGCUGUAGAAAAACUUCCGGAGGUAGAUGUAAAGAAUAUUAUUGGUUCUUGGUUCAAAGAAAAGCACAGAACUUUAACUAAUUACCAGAUGGAUUUGUUGAUGAGGUCAUUUGACCAAUGCCCUCUGCCUCUGAACUUAAAGUUAUCGUUUGACGAGGCCUGCAGAUGGACAUCUUUUGCCGCCCAGGAUUCCACUAGACUUCAAACAACAAUACGUGCAAGCAUCAACCGCCUCUUCUUUAGACUAGAGAGGCAACACGGAGAACUGUUCGUGUCUAGAACGCUUGGCUACAUCACGGCGGCUAAAAGUGGCCUGUCCGAGGGAGAAUUAGAAGACAUUUUGGCAUGCGAUGAUGACGUCCUUAAUGACGUGUACACUUAUUGGACGCCACCAUUGCGUCGCUUACCGCCAUUGCUGCUUCUGAGAUUGAAAGCGGAUUUAAACGAAUACAUCGUUGAGCGUGGUGCAGAUGGGAUGACUGUGAUGUAUUGGUAUCACCGGCAGUUUAUACAGGCAGCUAUGGAUAGAUACUGUGAGAAUGCGAAGAUUCUCCAUGAAGCACUGGCCGAUUUCUUCAGUGGAAAAUGGUCAAAUGGAAUUAAGAAGCCCUAUAAGGACAAGUCUGGAAAAGCAUUUGAAGAAGAUAGAUUAGUGGCGGCACAGCCUCUGAUGUUUGGGAGUACGUUUAAUGUUAGGAAACUGAACAAUCUCCCCUACCACAGAAUUAAGGCUGAUCAGAUAGAGGCGCUAAAAACAGAGUGUCUAUACAACUUUAAGUUUAUAUUUUGCAAGCUUCUUGCCACUUCUUGCAGCAACGUUUUGUCUGAUUUUUCCCUCGCAUCUGAGAAAACCAACGACAAACAAAUCAGUAUCAUAAGGGACACCUUGCAGUUGUCUGAGCAUGCGCUGAUCUUUGAUAAAAUGCUUCUUGUGCCUCAACUUCUAGACAGGCUAUCUGAAGAAAAGAGCGUAGCUUCGUUUUUAUCCCAGAUGGAUGACUACCCGUUCAGUUUUUUAUUUCCUCGUCAUCAUAUGUUGGCAAAACCUGGAGGUUCUCUCGUGUUUUCUUUGUCGGGCCAUACCGCAGACAUAAUUAGCGUGGACAUGAAACAAGAUGGCGUCACAGCAGUCACGUGUGCAAAAUAUCCAGACAAUAGCAUUAAAUUUUGGGAUGUCAAAAAUGGAAAACUGCUGAAAUCAAUCGACAGUAUUGCCCCAAGAGCCGUCAAACUGUACUUCAUGUGUAACGAUAGCAUCAUUUUAGCACAUUUCCACUACAAGAUUGUGGGACUGAAAGAAUCGGGGGAAAUACUGUACACUAUCCCAAUUCCAAGGGAAAGAACUCUCUUUUGUCCGGUAGACAAGGGAAGAGUGGCCUUCCUUGUGUUCCAAGAUAAUACCAUCGAGUGGUAUGAUGCUAAAACUGGAAAAAAGACUGAGACCAUAAUUUGUCCAGAUGGGGUUCGAUUCGGCGACACUGGAGUUGCAGUCAGCUCCAAGACUUUGGUUGCCGCCACAGUGGAACCACGAGAAAAAUUCAUUGUCCUGGACUUAAUAACCAAACAGGUCUCUCUGUAUGAUGUCCCAUACCCGGAGGAGGUUAUCAGACGUCACAUUAUCAAGUCCUUAGCCAUCUUGCCUGACGAAAGACAUGUCAUAUUCUCCAUCCGGUUUGACAAUGACAUCCGGUUCCUGGAUGUCUCUACGAUGAAAGAGGAUAGAAUUAUUAAAGGUAGCAAAGGAGAUUUUACACUUGGACAGUUUGUUCUUUCUCCUGAUGGUACAGAACUAUUCUAUCAAGUAGGACAAAGCGUGUGCACAUGGAACCUGAAAACAGAAAAGUUAAAAAUGAAAUAUUUACAUCCUUGCUAUGUCUUCGGCAUCGCGUCAACAGACUGGAAAACCAUGGUAACCAUUUCAAAUACGCCAAUUUUAAGAGUAUGGGACAUAACCAAGAAGGUGACCGACAAAAACAAAAUAAAAGCUACUGGCGCAGUGAGAGGUCUUGUUCGCAUGUAUGAUUAUGGACCAACAUCCAGUCCUAGAUAUCUGUUGGGUCUAGCUCAACUGUACAUGUUGGAUCGUAGGAAGAAAGGAGAGGAGGAGGACUUUGGUGUUGUUGCGGUUGACCUCCUCAUUGGUGAGGUGUGCAAAAAAGGACAACUGAAUGAAAAGCCUCGGUUACUGGAGGUCUUAAACGACAAAGAAGUUAUCAUAUGUUCGUCCGACCGAAAACUUCGAGUUUUUGACUUAGACAAAAUGGAAAUUACGAGAAGUUUCCAGGGAAAGAUGUUUGAGCAUAUUCCAUUUACUCCGUAUGGAUACGUGGAGUUAGUUGUAUUGAAAGAAAGAGGAGAACUUGUAACGGUGACAAAAGGAAGAAAACACUUCAAAAUCUAUGACGUUAAGAGUGGAAAAACCAAGGCGAUCGUUAAAUGUCCCUCAGAAGGGAACUGCAGACUAAAGGGUUUAAAGGCAUGCUAUGAUGGUUCUGUGGUAAUUGCCCACAGCACAGCAGAUAAGUUUUUCCUUUUGGACACUGUGAACAGCAAAUUUCUCGGUGUUGUUGGAGAAGAUGACUUUAAAUGCCAGAGGAUAUUUGAAUACGUUCAUUUGACCUCCUCUGGAAACACUGCUUUGUUCUCUGUAAACAGUACAGGAGAAAAUGUUUGGUCAAUGCAACUCUACAGAGUAAGGGAGGGUAAAGUGGGUGUCAAACUAACUGACAAUGGUUAUCCAGAAUCCUUGCAAUACGAAGCAAGAUUCCUAGCUGUACCAAAUGUCAGAAAUCUUGAAGACUGGGGGUUCGUAACGUCGUAUCUGGAUAACGUUAUUCGAGUUUGGGACGCCACAAAAGGAACCAUCUUGCAUCGAUUGGGUGGCCAUGCAAUGCCCGUGACGUUACCGCUAAUGAAAAAAGGUUCGAAAUAUUUUGUCACGCAUUGCAGGCGUCAGGAGAAUACACUUCGAGUCUGGGACAUUAAAACCAUGGAUUGUGUAGCUGCCUACAAAAUGGAAGGAAAUGAAAACAUGGUGUUCGAAGAUUGUGAGGAUCUGAAGUCGUUUUUCUCGAUAAGGACAGACCCUGUACAUUACAACCAUUGGUCUUUGAAAGGGCUGUGUUGUGACACUGAUUUGCAGUCUAUGCCAGUUAUAUACACAGGAAAACAACACAGUGAAAUAGACCUUUCCGUGCCUACACCGCAUCCCGAUGAUGCAAUGGAUCCUGAUGACGACCCUGACGAAGAAGACGAAUUUGACGAAGAUUAAAAUGGCUGGUAUUAUUAUUGCUGAACUGCCUUAUGU